AUCAAGUUCAGACCACAGCAUCCUCAGCAUUCCAGAAGUGCUGGUGACGUUUCUGGAACUUCUGCGAGACCCAGUUAUGUAAAGCUAACAAUGUUGAUUGAACUCUUGUCUUCAUACCUUGAGAAAGCCUCAUGCUUGCCACACCAGCAUCUUGAGAGACCUGCGUUGGGUGCAUUCACUGGAGGUAAAAUUGCAAAGAUUUGUCUCAGCGACCUUGCUUUGCUAAAGCCAUGGUAUUCUGAGUUGAUAGAGCCCAAAAUAAUUAACUUGUAUUCUGUUUUCGCAUUUCCCAUGCUACAGUAAGGUCCUGCUUGCGUUAUGUUGUGCUUUCGGACUUGCUCGAGCAUCGAAUCGCAAGACAUUAUGGCGGAGACUGAAUCCAAAGAGACUAAGGGGUCAAAUGCCCCAGAAAGAGAUGAGACACCUGACGGUCCGAAAGAAGAUUACCAAGAACUUAUUUUGACCGGAGACGAAUCGAGCCGACUAAGAGCGCUGGACGCCGCUGUCAGAGAUCAAAACGACCUGGAAAGAGACAUCGGGCGUCAGGCGGAUCGACUUCUCACUGAACAGGCAAACGAGAGGGACCAGAAGCGCCUGGAUCAUACAAAAAAUGAAAAACUAAAGGUUGAAGACCACAUUCUCAGGCUGCACCAGCGCCUCUCCCAUCCAAUCGGCACAGCCGCUCGAGUUCGUAUAAACGCUGAGCUCCAAAAUCUUGAGUCUAAAAUAUCUGCUCUUGAGCUAGACAUCGAACAGAUACAACAACGAAUCUACGAAAGGCAGCAAGGGAUCGAAGACACAGCCCAGGCAUUCGGAGCAGGAAGGUCACCAAAUGAGACUAGGAGAGACUACCUUAUCCGCACUGGGAAAAUCACUCCAUUCUCUAAGCUUGGAGGCGGCCAUCGAGAGACCUUAACAUCUUUGCAAGAUGCUCUUAUCGACGCAGAAGAAGAGAAAGAGGAAGAGCUGGCGCUUGAGGAUUUGGGUGGUCAGCAGGCCGCGUCUCACCGGCACCUUCUUCGCCCCGGUUUUGACUAUGACGAACUGACUGAUAGUGAAACCCAUGAAAUCGUGGGACCCCGCCCGCAAAAACGUCGACGAUUGAUCAAUGAUAUCCCUGCGGAUGGCAGUGAUGCCAACCUUACGAGGUCAAGAUCUAGGACGUCGAGAUUGCCUGCCUUGGAAUCCGACGACGAAUACAUCGAUUCCGGGCCAUUGGCGGAAUCCACCGAGGAAGAAUGGGGAGAAUCGUCGGACAUGUCAACAACGAGGCCCAUAAAGACAAAACCGGCUAAAAGUACGAAAAGUGUCGUGGAAGACCUUCACGGAGUGGAUGAUGGGAACGAGAAAGUCUACCAGACUCGCCUCCAUGACUGGGUCUCACGAAGGUCUGAAGCUCGAAAUCGGGCGCGAUCUGGUCAUGAAGAGGAUGUCAGGGAUCCUGAUCAAGAGGACUCCGCCGACGAGUGGUUCUUACCGCAUCCAAAGGUCCCUGAUUCAGUGCUGGAUGGUGGAUAUCGAAUACCGGGUGACAUUUAUCCGUAUCUUUUCGACUACCAGAAAACAGGUGUCCAGUGGCUCUGGGAACUGUACCAACAGCGUGUCGGUGGAAUCAUCGGCGACGAAAUGGGCCUUGGAAAGACUAUCCAGGUCAUCGCUUUUCUUGCCGGACUGCACUACAGCAAGAAACUCGACGCCCCUAUAAUCGUUGUCUGCCCACCAACGGUGAUGAAGCAAUGGGUAAAUGAGUUCCACCGUUGGUGGCCUCCACUACGCGUCUCAAUUUUGCAUACUUCUGGAAGUGGUAUGAUCAACAUCAAAAAGGAAAGCCGUGCAGAGGAUACGUUAACUUCUGAAAUCUGGGACCCUUAUCGCCCAACGCGGAUGUCGGGCGGUCAAAAGGCAGCGAAAAGAAUAUUGAAGCGCGUUCUUGAGGACGGCCAUGUCCUUGUAACCACCUAUGCGGGUCUGCAAACCUACACAUCUCUAUUGAUCCCCGUUGAUUGGGGCUGCGCGAUCCUUGACGAAGGUCAUAAAAUUCGCAAUCCGGACACAGCAAUUACAAUACAUUGUAAAGAACUACGCACACCUCACCGACUUAUACUCUCUGGAACCCCGAUGCAAAACAACUUGACCGAACUCUGGUCGCUAUUUGACUUUGUUUUCCCGAUGAGGUUAGGGACGUUGGUGAAUUUCCGUAACCAGUUCGAGUUUCCUAUCCGGGCGGGAGGGUAUGCCAAUGCAUCAAAUUUGCAGGUGCAGACGGCAGCUAAAUGUGCAGAGACCCUCAAAGAUGCAAUCAGUCCCUAUCUCCUUCAGCGCUUUAAAAUCGAUGUUGCAGCAGAUCUGCCAAAGAAAACAGAGCAAGUACUCUUUUGCAAACUUACGAAGCUGCAAAGAGCCGCUUACGAAGCCUUUCUCAGUUCCAACGAGAUGUCGGCUAUUAUGAGAGGACGGAGAGAUGUUCUGUUCGGUGUUGACAUCCUCCGCAAAAUUUGCAAUCACCCUGAUCUCCCUGAGCACAAAACCUUAUCCCAGAAAGCCAACUACAAUUAUGGAAAUAGUGCCAAAUCUGGCAAAAUGCAGGUUGUGAAAGCUCUGCUUGAGCUAUGGAGAGAUACCGGUCACAAGACCCUUCUCUUUGCUCAGCAUCGUAUUAUGCUGGAUAUCCUAGAGAAGUUUAUCAAAUCAUUGACUGGAUUUAAUUACCGACGUAUGGAUGGCAAUACUCCCAUAAAAGUUCGUCAAGGAAUGGUGGAUGAAUUUAACAAUGACCCUGAUAUCCAUGUGUUUUUGUUGACUACAAAAGUUGGAGGGCUUGGUGUCAAUCUAACAGGCGCAGACAGGGUCAUCAUUUACGAUCCUGAUUGGAACCCUUCAACUGAUUUGCAAGCACGCGAAAGAGCAUGGAGAUUGGGCCAGAAGCGCGAGGUAACAAUAUAUAGGCUGAUGACUGCUGGGACUAUUGAGGAGAAGAUAUAUCACCGACAGAUAUUCAAGCAGUUCCUGACGAAUAAGAUCUUAAAAGAUCCCAAGCAGCGUCAGACAUUCCAAAUGAGCGACCUUCACGACUUGUUUACUCUUGGUGACAACGGUCCUACUGAGACUAGUAAGAUGUUCCAAGAAGCCGGUGUCACAUUCCAAGAGAAUAGCAAGCACGAAAAAGGCACCAAAGAAUCAAAGGUAGAAGAAGAGCGCAAAGAGAAAGAUAAAAUUAGCAAGGUUACUGGUGUGGCAGCUUUAGAACAAUAUCAGUCGGCUACCGGGACACCGACUGAAACCGACGGGGAGACUAAGCGGACAGCUGCAUCACAUUCGGAUGCACGCUUAAUGGAGACCAUCUUCGCGCGUUCAGGCGUCCACUCUGCUCUCGAACACGAACAAAUCUUCAAUGGCAGAAAGCGCAGUGUCAAAGCCGACCCCAAAAUAAUCGAAGCGGAAGCCAAACGUGUUGCCGCAGAAGCAGCAAAAGAACUCCUUAAAGCUCAAGAGGUUGCCAGAACCGUGCCAGUGGGAACUCCUACAUGGACCGGCCAAUUCGGCACUGCAGGUCGACCAGUAGAUCCUACUGCGCCGCGGGGAACAAUGCCAGUCUACGCAGGCGGAGGUGGCAGUGUAGCACGCAGGACAAUGCACGGUCCGUCAUCCGCCAGCAUCAUCGCAAACCUGACCAAUCGUACCACCGGACAACAUUCGUCUUCCGGACGAAACAGUCCAGCGCGAUCGGGUACAAGCACCCCUCGAGGUAAAGAUUUCAUGGUCAUGAUCCGGGACUACAUCACUGCCCAAGGAGGAGCGGUGUAUACACAGAUGCUGGUCGAUCAUUUUAAUAGAUUCUGCGAUUCGCCGAGGGCAACGGCCGAGUUCAAGGAAAUCCUAAGGACGAUUGCGGUUCUCGAAAAGACUGGUCGGCAAGGAAGAGGAAAAUGGGUGCUGAGGCCCGAGUAUGCAAGGAAAUAG